AUGCACAACAGUGGGGUGUGCAGUCUCAGGAAAUAUUUCCUAUCGAGGGCUGACAGUGUGAUGCACAGAGAGGUCAUGGAGUGCGACAAAGGACUGACCCCGCUAGCCCUGGCCAGAGACGGGUGGCAAUCACCGGCGGUACUCAGUACCUCUGACCGUGAGGCCAUAUGGAAAGGGAAAGAGCUGCACGGACGCUUCUUUCAGGCACUGCAUGAGCCCCACGUGGACAAAGAAGCCUCCGUGCACUGGCUGCGAUUCGGUGACCUCUUUGGGGAAACCGAGGGUUUUGUCUGUGCAAUACAGGAUCAGGUUAUCAGGACGAACAACUAUAGGAAGCACAUUCUGAGGGAUGGGACAGCUGACAUCUGUCGAUUAUGCCGCCGACCGGGUGAAUCCCUCAGACAUGUCACCUCUGGUUGUUCUAUGCUUGCUAACACUGAGUACUUGCACAGACAUAACCAAGCAGCCAGAAUCCUCCACCAAGAGCUCGCCCUUAAGUAUGGCCUCAUCGAACAGAGGCUACCGUAUUAUAAGUACCAGCCGGACGCUGUACUCGAAAACGACCGUGCCAAGCUCUACUGGGACCGGCCCAUCAUUACGGACAGGACUAUUCUUGCGAAUAAGCCUGAUAUCGUGCUGAUGGACCAGACGGAGUCUCGGGUAUUUCUGGUGGAUAUCACCAUCCCCUACGACGAGAACCUCGUGCGGGCCGAGGCAGAUAAAAAGACCAAAUAUUUGGACCUGGCGCACGAGGUGACCGAUAUGUGGAGGGUGGUAUCUACAGAAAUAAUCCCGGUAGUUGUGUCGGUGAAUGGUUUGGUCCCUAAAAGUCUCUCAAAACAUCUCGAGAGGCUUGGUCUCAAUAAAAAGUCGGUGGUGGCCCAAAUGCAAAAAGCAGUCUUGCUCGACAAUGCCCGUAUAGUUCGCCGGUUUCUCUCCCAAUAGUCCCUAACGCUCCGGCCGAUUGUUGCCCACCUCGCCGGAGUGUGUCCUGCCGUCUUCCCAGGCGUGGCAGUGUUUAAUACACUAUAAUAAUAAUAACAACAGCACCGGCUCGGAUCUUGAGCGUUCGACGAAAUAAUAUCGGGGAUCGGUUACAAAAAAAAAAAAAAUAAUAAAAGCACCGGCUCGAAUCUUGAACAGCUCUUUAAAUAAAUAAAAAAUUAGUAACGGUGUAAUAUUUCUAUACAAGGUCUCAUGUAUAUUAUUUUACUGGUGGUAGUCUUGAGUUCGUACGGGUAGGUACCGCCACCCCGCCUAUUUCUGCCGUGAAGCAGUAAUGCGUUUCGAUUUGAAGGAUGGGGCAGCCGUUGUAACUAUACUUGAGACCUUAGAACUUAUAUCUCAAAGGUGGGUGGCGGCAUUUAUGUUGUGGAUGUCUAUGGGCUCCAGUAACCACUUAACACCAGGUGGGCUGUGAGCUCGUCCAACCAUCUAAGCAAUAAAUAAAAAAAAGAUGUCUAUGGGCUCCGGUAACCACUUAACAUCAGGUGGGCUGUGAGCUCGUCCACCCAUCUAAGCAAUAAAAAAAUUGUAUAGUAUGAAAUCUGGACUAUACAAUGUUGCACUGAAUUGUUUGUAUGCUUGUUACCGCCCGUAGAAUGAACCGUGAAGCUACCUUGAAUAAGCAUAGUUGCUUGGCGGGUGUGGGCAGGACAGAUGCACAGUUCGCGACAGAAGGCAGUUUCCUUAUCAAAUUGGAUACGGGUCGUUGUUGGUGCAGCUGUCCAUGAACGCACGGACGCGCUUGCAAGAACUACCCGUAACUGGUUUUUUAAAGAGGUUGAACUCCAAUUAUUCUGAUAAACACACAUUAAGGAUGUUUCAACUUUAGCUUCUGUACAUACUAAUUGAGAUCUUACAUAAAUAUAUUUAUUAAUUAUUAUUUAGAAAAGAAGCUAUUGUUUAAUUUAAAAAAAAACCCUAAACAAAGAGCUGAUAUGUUAUUUUUCUAUAAAAGAUAUUAAAAAUAUUUUCUGAUCUGUCGAUACGAUCAUAACACGUCCUGUCCAAAAAUGUAAAUCGAUGCAAACAAGAAUGAAUCGUCCCGAUAUCGUGUUCGUCUUCAUGUAACCAAACAGCUAUAAAAUUCCCUACGCACCGAUGACAACAAACGCUCAAGAUCCGACCCGAUUAUUACACUUUACGACUUAUUUACUUGACACAUGAUCCAAAUCACCAAAACUCAAACCUCCAAGACGACUAUUAAAAUAAUCGAAUAAAAUUGUACUGCCAACUGAAGAAAUAAAGUGCCUGAUUCUAAAAUAGUACAUCUCGUUUGGUCUCGUUACGUUGAAUUGUUGAAAUAUAUAUAUAAUUAUAAUACUCUGUAUUUAUCCCACCGUAACUGCAUUUUUCAUUUGCAGAUUAUGUAUUAGAACAAGUUAAGUAAAUGUAAUGAGUAAUUGAAAAUGGCUUUUACGUGUCGAGAAAUAACGUAACGAUACUUUAGAAAUGUGCUAAAGAAAUAUUAAAACAAUAUUGUAAUGUAAAAUAAAUUUGUUGAUAUUACUGAAAAUAUGUAAAAUUUGUUAAAUCCUUUCGACAUAAUAUGAUAAAUAUGCCUCUUGGAAGAACUGUGUUCUAGUAAUUAAGUCGUAAAACUUUAAUUGAAUAGAAUAUUUGUUUACGUAAACAAAACUGUUUUCGACUUUAGAAAUACAGCAAAGUUAUGUUCAGUGUUGCUUUUGUUAAAAUAUAUUCCGGAUUGUUAGUGUUGCCAACUUUCUCUGCUGUUUGUUGUUUAAACAUUCGAUUUCAUAGUAUUUACGACGUAUGUUUGCACGCGGUGUCGUUUAUCUGUGAACUUACAUUACAGAAUCUAUUUUAACUUAAUGAUGAGUUAAAGAGUUCGUCUACGGUAUGAAUACUUAAUGGUAUUAGUUUGAAUUUGUUUGUAAAACAUUAUUUUGUAUCGCGGUAUAUCAUAUGAUUUAGUAUAUACAUACAUACCACUAGUAUUCAUUUCUGAAUGUCGUUUUGUUUGUUAAUGUACGUUUUUUUUUAUAAGUCAUUUUUAUAUGUAUAGAGAUUUUGUUGCACCCUUAAUAUAGUGCGUUAGUUACAAUUGACAUAUACAUUUGUAAAGUAGUACCUGUUUUAAACUAUUGUUGGCGCGUUUGUAUAAGAUUAGAGCGUUUUUUAGCGUAAUUGAGUAGAUCUCAAAUUACAGUGGCAAUAAAGAGAUAUAAAUAUUUUUAUACUUACAUAGGACUUAGUUUGUCACUUGCCGAACAUUGAGGAUCACGUUAAUUCAUAUUAGUUACAUAUUAAAUCGAUGCGUGAAUUAAUUUGCGAAUACAUAUCUGAAAUAUAUACCUAAAAUUUAUUAAGUAUUAUUGUUUGUUCGACUGCACUUUGAAUGUUUUGCAUAAUGCCGACCGCUCAGUACUAAAGUCGGUUAAUAAAUGACGUUAUUUUGAUAUGCAAAUUUACGGGCAUCGUAUUGUUCGAUUAUUUAUUAAAAUCGAGCUACAUCUUGCAAAAAACGCAAAAAAAGUAUUUACAUUGGCGAACCGAUACGAAUUAUUUAUCCUUUUUUUUUUUUAAUUGUAACGAAAAGUACAAAUUUGUGUGAGUGUUUUUUAAUUAACUAAACGAUAAAGUACUGAGUGGCUCAUAAUAAAUAGGGCAACGUCGUUCAAUGAAUUACAGUAUUAUGAGUUCAGAAAUACGGAGCUAAUAUAUACUAAAUCAGCAAUAAUUUUGAAUCGAUUGACUGAAUUCAUCACGAAAGUUCAUUGACCUCACUUUUUAACCGUCGCUUUAGAUUAUAUCAUAAUAAUAUAUCUAGUGUGAUAAUUAUUGAAAAAAAAAAACCUAUAUUUUUCGAAUAAUGGAUUAUAUGUUUAGUAACUAACUGCUUAGUUAAUUUUUGAGCAGUGCGUAGUUUUUGCUUCAUAAGAGCUUUGGUGGAAUAUCAAAAGGAUCGUCGUGUCUGUGUAUCGUGCUGUGUGUGCAAUUUUAGAUGAAAAGGUUUCGCUCUUGAUUAGGUUAGGUUAGCCAUAUUAUAAUGAGAUUAUCGAUUUGCUGUUAUGAUCUCUGAUCGCCAAAGGCGUAAAGAAGAGUAUUUUAGAUUCAAUAUGUUUUAUGUAUUUACCUCAUCACUAGUAAUAAUAUAGUUUUUAAAAAGUGAGGUCACUGACUUUUCGAUUAGGUGCAUACCUAUAAUUGAGCAUACCUAUAAAUGGAGUGGAUGUUUAUUUAGUGCCUGAACAACAAAAACAAAAUUUAAAAAAAAGAAGAAUAUUAAUAUAUUGUAAAUAAAAAGUGAAAGUAAAAUUUAA